ACAUUUCUUUUUGCGUUAAGGUCACUUUUAUCAUAUAAUUUUGAAUGCUGUAACUUUUGGCAUUUUUUUCUUGUUAUCACAUGUUAUUACUCGAAAGAGAACUGGUACGAGCGCCUAGGUAUUACAGUAUUACAGUACUAAUGCUUACAUGGGAAUGUAAAAAUCCUUUGAGGUAGCGAUAGUAAAACUUGUUCUUUUACUUCACUGCACUAUUUGUGGUUUAUAGAUAAAUCUUUUAGAGUUUAUCACCCUUUUCCCGUCAAAAAAGACUUGUAUUUCGACCUAUUUCGACUUUCAUGCCGACUUCACGACUUCAGUGACUUCAGCAAGAAAUAACAUGGCGGCCGAUAGGAGUGAAGUUGAGAUCGACGGUAGUUUACUCGAAGGAGGUGGACAGAUUUUACGUAAUGCUAUGACCUUUGCAUGUGUUUUGAAACGACGUGUACGCGUGAGCAAAAUUCGAGCUGGUCGAAGCAUUCCUGGUUUACGUCCUCAGCAUGCAACAGGGCUUUAUCUAGUCCGUGAUAUCUGCAAUGGAAAAUUGGAUGGUGCGUCGGUAGGCUCAACAAUGAUAGCAUUUUGUCCUGAAAAUGUCGUGAGUGACAAAUUUUUGGCCGAUACUGGAACUGCAGGUAGCACCAGCCUUCUCCUUCAGAUUGCCCUGCCUUGUUUGCUGUAUGCACCAGCCGAUUCAAACAUGGUCCUGAAGGGUGGUACUAAUUGUGAAAUGGCUCCUCAGAUAGAUUAUAUGAUUCAGGUAUUUCAACCCAUUGCUGAAAGAUUUGGGGGGAAAUUUUACAUUGAUGUUAUAAUGAGGGGAUACUAUCCCAAGGGUGGAGGCGAGGUUCAGGUGAAGGUCCAGCCUGCCAGCAAGCUGAAUUCAGUGACCAUAAUGGAAAGAGGUGUUCUUAGGAGAAUUUGGGCACAAGCUUAUGUUGCUGGUGCUUUAUCUAUCAAGGUUGCUCAACGUAUGGCACAAGAGGCAGCAAGUUUACUGAAGAGCAGAUACGACAUUCCUAUGAACAUCAAAUCAUCAAAAGAGCCAAAUCAUAAAGCUGUUGGUACUGGCUCUGGAAUUUGGAUUGUGGCAGAAACCUCCACCGGGUGUAGAUUGGCGGGUUCUUCCGUUGGAAGGAAAGGUGUUUCUGCGGAACAAGUUGCAAGCGCUGCCGUGAAGGAACUCACGGAUGCCAUCGAAAGCAACAGUUGUGUUGACCAGCAUUUACAAGACCAAAUUAUAAUUCUAAUGGCAUUAGCAGAAGGGAAAUCUUCGAUAAAAACGGGCCAAAUUACUCUGCAUACUAAAACUGCUAUUUAUGUGGCCGAACAGUUGACAAAUGCAAAAUUCCACGUUAAACCUUUUCCCGAAGACGAAAGAAAGGAUGGGUGUGAAGAAACGUUUAUAAUCGAGUGUAACGGAAUCGGAUUGAAGAAUAAGUUUUUAUGACAGUAGUGAUUUUGGAUGGAGACUGCGUGGCCAUGUGCGUGAGUUCACAUAUGUUAAAGGCUUUCAUUUUCUGAGUUUUCUGUCGAUGAAUUUGAGAGAGACGAGUGAAACAAAAAUAGCAAUUUUUUGCUUGAACAAACUUAAGCCCUGUUAUGUGUGACAAUGUUUCAAAUUUUGUAUGAAGAAUGCUGUCAAAUUAAAAAUUAAAAUUCAAAGCAAGCCUGAGAUAAGGAUGUCGUGAAGUUAAUAUUUUGAUGACUGUAUAAUACUAUUUAAAGUAAUACGUUUAAAUAAUAAUUGUCAGUUGUACUCAACUA